AUGUACGUCUCGUACACAUGCUUCUUGUCGUUCAGUUUUGUUACCUCAAAAUCCAUUUCAACGAGAGUAACGAUAGAGUUUGUGAAACAUGUAAUAGGAUAUAUAAGUCUUAGCGCUAACACCAUAGCUAUUUAUUCUUCGCAAAAUCUCUUCGGCAAGUAUUUCGACCGAUUGGACAGUUACGAUCACGAAGUUGCACGGGUGGCACACGAAAGGAGAGACAAUUUCUGGAUACCCUGGAUCGCUACAUUUUCAACGACUACUGUUAUUUUGUUGCUCAUAAUCGUAAUGACACAAGAGACAUCGAUGGGCAUUUUGUUCUUUGUAUUUCUUUCAGAUAUUUGCACAAUAAUCAUGCAUCUAUUCAACACUCUAGAAAAGUUUCUAAUACUAUAUUUGAUAUUAAUACGCUUCAAACAUUUGAAUGAAAAGAUUAUACCGCAUGUGGUAUGGAAUGAAAAGCACUCGCCGUGGAACGCCAAGAAACGCAGGAUAAAGACGAUCAAAAUCUCGGACGUGAAAAUUAUGUACUUGAUGCUUUACGAUGCUCAGCAAGCUUUUAAUGGUAUCUACAGCAAUUCUCUGUUGUUGUGGUUUUCGACCAUCAUGAUACAUAUUCUUGCGAAUGUACGUAUCUUCCGCGAAAAAAGUCCACUGAUAUCCUGCGCUUUUGUUGUUCCUCCGAUUAUACAGCUGUUGACUUUGUGCGCGAUUUGUCACUACACAGCCGAAGAGGCAAACAAGAUCCCGUGUACCUUAAACGAAGGUAUGAGUAUGCUCGCUAAUUCAGGACAAACGACGGAUAAAAUUAGUACCUUAACAUAUUUCUUACACAAUCGCGUGUCUUUCGAAGCGGCAGGAUUUUUCACAAUUAAUUUACCUUUGUUCCAAUCUAUUAUCGCGACAAUAACCACUUAUUUCAUAAUACUAUAAUAAUCACAUGUAUUCAAGUUAAA